UAUCUAUUUUUAAUAGGUUAAGAAAUAGAGAUCUGAGAGAGGGCCCCCGUCUCCUUCCGCCUCUGCUGUGGUCGACGUUGCCGUGGCUUGAAGCCUCGAAGGUCUCCGUAAAUCUCUCUCCUCCUUUGUUUUCCAGCCAACCACAGGCUGGACGAAGGCAAACCCUUCCGCGCGGCCCUCAGAAAAAGGUUGAGAAUGGCAAAGUCCACCUCUAGUGAUGCUCAGAUGCUCAUUCGUUCUUUGCGUACUGCUUAUGCUGCCACGCCAACUAAUCUCAAAAUCAUUGAUCUUUAUGUGGUUUAUGCUAUUGUUACAGCUGUAAUUCAGGUUGUCUACAUGGUAAUAGUUGGAUCAUUUCCAUUUAACUCUUUCCUCUCUGGAGUUCUCUCUUGUGUAGGUACAGCGGUACUUGCAGUCUGUCUCCGCAUUCAAGUCAACAAAGAGAAUAAGGAGUUUAAGGAUCUACCACCAGAACGAGCUUACGCUGAUUUUGUUUUCUGCAAUCUGGUGCUCCAUCUGGUCAUCAUGAACUUCCUUGGGUAGGAGAAAUUGUGCCUUGGUGCACAAUUAUGUUUCUGGCACUUCUUAUCGGACUUCAAAGUGAUAUCACAACUUGACAGUUGCGCCAUGUAUAAACCAAAUGAUCUGGUUUGCACCUUUUGUUUCGUGAAUUGAUCAUCGCCACCUUGGAGAGACUGUUCUUUUUGGGAGAUGUUCUUGCAACAAAGUGGCGUCAUGUGACAGCUUAUUUGUUAUGGUUUCAGGUGUUUUUACCAAAGUGAUUAUAACUGAAACGUUUGCUUAAUGUUGCUUAGCUUUGGAGAUGAUAAUUGU